AUGGCACGACUCAAGACGGCGAAAGAGAUUCUCGUCCAAUUCAUCCUCAACAAACUGCGGUCGCAUCCUGCUCGAGUGACGGAGACUGGGGCCCACAAGCCUGUGGUCCUCGGCAUCCAAGGACCCCAAGGAAUCGGGAAGACGUGGCUGUCGAGAGAGGUCAAAGAAGAGCUGAACACCGUCCAUCACAUCAAGACGAUUGCCCUCUCGCUCGAUGAUCUGUAUCUCCCCCGCCGGGGCCAAGAGAAGGUGGAAGAACAAGAAGAACCCCGGAACAGACUACUUCAGGGACGCGGCUUGCCAGGGACGCACGACCUCGACCUGGCCGUCCAGGUCUUCAAGUCGCUGUCGAGGAUCAACGAGACGAAGGAGAUUCUCCUGCCGGUCUACGACAAAUCGGCGCUCGAUGGCCUCGGCGACCGCACCGGAUUCGCCACAUUAUCCGUCCCGCCGGACGAGGAGCUCCAGCUGGUCAUCUUCGAGGGCUGGAUGCUCGGCUUCGCUCCCCGUGAUCCCCUCGAGCUGAGACGCACUUAUGAUCACGCGCGCGAAGCUCCUUCCGACACGUUCAUCACCAAGUUCUCUAUCGACGAGUUACUAAAAAUCAAUCUCAACUUAUCCGCUUAUCUUCGUCUCAUUUGGCCCAGGAUCGAUGUGCUCAUCAACUUGGUCCCUCAAGAUAUAAAUUUCAUUUGGCGGUGGAGAAUCCAACAAGAGAAUGAAAUGAAGGCCAAAAAUGGUGGGAUCGGUAUGUCAGAGGAAGAAGUGAAGAAAUUCAUUUUCAGAUAUAUACCCUGCUAUGAGCUGUACGGGCAGUCUGCAGAUGAUCCCAACAGCAAAGGAAUAGUCCCCGCAUCUUUGAAAGUAGUGAUGGACGAAGAAAGACGAGUAGUUGAUGUGUACCCGAAAGACAUCAUCACAGAUGCUGAGAUUAUGUCCUCCGGGAGCCAAGCAUCCUAG